CAAGGCGAGACAUACGGUUUUCGAUUGCUCUGAUGCAUACCCGGGGCAGUAAAACAGUUGACGUACGGGAUCUAGUUAAAGUAUGUAAUAUUACAUCCAGCAAAGAUGACUGCAAGUAAUUCAAGAAGUUCUGCCUCUGCAGCACACCCUGGUGGUGGGUUAGAUGCUAUUUUAAGCUUCAAAAAUGAGGAUCAAGACUUUUAUGCCCUUCUUGGAUGCCAUUCUUCUUCCACGGUGGAGCAGAUUCAGGCAGAGUACAAAGUCAGGGCACUGAAGCUUCACCCUGACAAGAACCCAGGAGAUAGUUCAGCAGAGCACCAGUUCCAGCUGCUCCAGUUCGCCAAGGAGACGCUGUGUGACGCCGAGCGGCGCGCCACCUACGACAAGUGGCGCAGCAGCGGCCUGGCCGUGUCCUUCCGCGACUGGCUCGGCAUGAAGGACCGCGUGCACACGUCAAUGCAUUGGGCGACACCGAAGACUGCGGACAGAAUGCUACCCGCUCAAGCCGGCGGUGCGGACGAGUCCACAUCGACAGCGGAGUCAGCCAGGGGGAAGGCCGCCGCUGUCGGGCGAGUCCAUCCGCUGGGGUAGGCCGGACCUGGUCGGAUGGAGGCGGUCAGAAGGCAGUGACUUGAUCAAGAAAUUCAGAAAUUACGAGAUAUAAUGCGCAAAGCUGGGAUGCAUAUUGGAAAAUGGAGACAAGGUAGUUAUUCCACAUGGCCCAGCGCGCUGGCUAUGAAUGUUCUGCUACUGGGCCGAGUGCAUUGGUGAGUUUAUAGGUCAUGUGACAAGUAUUAGUUUUAUUUUAACAUGCCAGGCUCAAUGGAUAUUACCAAUGCUUCUUAUGGGCGAUGCAUAUUUUCAUGAACCAUGCAAUCUGCUGGAGCCAUAUCUACUUUUUCUACAUCUUUAUCCUUGCUCUUUUAAUGCUGGGCAGUCCAGGAAACGGUGCAUGCAUUGUUGUCACAUCUUAUGUUUUGAAUGACUUUGGGUGAUUCGUGUUUGCAAUCAGGCAGGCCAAAACACUGCGUGAUGCAGUGGGAGGAAAGCCACUUAAGUCCACUUUCGAAGCUCCACCAAUGCCUGGGGGUCGCCUCCCAAAGGAAUCUUUGAACUACUUCCCCUGGUCUUGGGUGGAACAGGCUUCAGUGAGUCUGUCCUUCGAUAGAUGGCGGUGCUCGGUACUCUACUCGGUACUCUGGAUGUCGAAACAUUCCAUACUCACUGUGAAACAGCGCUCCGGGCGUUUUAUUGUGCGUGGUCGUGGACCUGUAUUGCGAGUCGUGUCGCAUGUGUGCGUUGUUCGCUGUACAUUGCCCUGGCUGUGGGCUGUUUAGAAUCUCAGCCUUUUGGGAUCCGUAGCGCACUCGUGUGCGCCGUCUCAUCAUUGACAUACUCGGGCUCUUCUUUCUCUAAACGGGAGGGGCUGUUUUUUCAAAAGCCGCUUUUUGUUGAGGUGUGAAACAUGUAUGUUAGGGAAUAUGUUUUCUGUGCGCGUUGUCCGUGUGGUUUUCGGUAUUUUGACAGCUGUGUCAGGUUCGAAGGAAGUUUUCCGAUCUCUCAGCGCUUGUGAUAUUGCGUUUCGGACAACAGACCAUAUUUCUGGACAUUGUUAGUUGUGUGCUGAGGAAAAUUAGACACGGGCCAAAUGCAAUUGGUGAAGGGACUAUAUGUCUGACCGUAAUAUGCACGCAGUCAACUUUCAGGGCGCUUCUACAGUUAGUAACGAUUUUUGGCAUAGUGUUUGAUUUUAAUCGUGUAGUAGGUGUGGUGGAACAGUGUAUGCUAGCAAUAUUUACAAAACGUUUUUGCUGGGGAUUUUUGUCUCAAUGUGCAGACCCCACAUAAAACAUGCGCGUUGUAUUCAUACCAUGCCCACGGGAGGUAUGCAAAACGGGACCAGUAACGCAUCGUAUGCGUAAGUGAUGUUAGGGUCCAAUUUCCUCGCGUUUUUUACGUGUAGGCCAGCUGUAAGGGCACUCAAUGUGGCUGGCGUUGGGAUGGCCCGGCCCUGAAUGGCUCAUGCGUCUUGCCAGUGUCCUUGGCCUUCUUCAGUGUGCUUACGUGUACGUGGCAGCUAAGGCUAAUAUAUGUCGUCAUGCACGCAGUGAA